AAUCGAAUCGACUCAGCUGGGCCUGAGAAGAAGAACAGACUGAGACGAUCGAGGGAUGAGUCCGACUCCAACAACGAUGAAAGCAAGAAACGAGGAAGACCACGAUUGGACCCACAGGACGAGUCGACUGCUGAUAUUCGCCUGGCCCAAAGAGCCUAUCGACAAAGAAAGGAGGACACUAUCAGUGAUCUCCGCAAACAAGUCCAAGAACUCCAGUCGACCAUUCAGUCGAUGAACCAGACCUUCAGCAAAUUCUCCGAGCAAUGUUCUACCACUAAUGUUCCGCCCACUAUGCUGGCCAAUCUGCAGAGUAUUGACCAGAUGUACUCCGCUGGCCAGGGUCGAGUAGACUCGCUAAAUCUGAGCAAGUCCCUAGAGUCGGGCUCCUCCUUAGCCAUAUCAUCUGCAGACCCAAGCAUUAAAGAGAAGGAUACAUCUCUUAUCGCGGAAGCAAGCAACAUUUCGCCUCGGACGGAGGCCAAACAACCUACAUGGAGCCCGCUCACUGCCCCUGUCAGCUCAACAAGCCUUUCAGACGGUAUCGAGAACAAUCCUGUCUCAGUGUCUAUGCUACAAUCUCUUGGCAUUCCAGCCACCUACAGCUCAUUCGAGAGGACAUUUGCUAGGAGGCUCCACCGGGCGAGCUGCGAGUAUGCCUAUCGACUUGCUUGCGACCCCACUCGAGUCCCUGCGCUUUUCAACAACGUGUUCAAAUUGACACUCAAGGCUGCGGGUACUGUUGACCGAGUCAAGUAUAGUCUGCAGUCAACCUUGAGUCGAAGCACCGGAGAGCCGCUUUCUAAUUGGGGUGUAACUUACAUUCACGUCGGUGGUGCUGGUACCCACUACCCUAGACCACCCGAAGAAGGUGGUCUUAGCUAUCAAUCGCCAACCUCGUGGGCCGUGACUACUGUUGGUCCCCAUAGAAUCGGUGGGUCCACCAUCGAAGAGGCUCUGACUGCAGAGAUGCUGCUACGUGGAGUCAUGGGCAUGUGGUUCGAUGCAUAUGAUGUCGAGGGUUACCUCGCGGAGAAAGGCAUUCAUCUGGAUCCUAGUGCGACUUACGCCAAUAUUGAGUUACCAGAGGAAGAGUCCUUUAGCCCUGAGUCCUCCGUGGCGUCACCACCCAUGGAUCCAAUGACCGCGUACGUCCAUAAACUGGCCGCUGCAGAACCUGUCACUCGUCCUAGUCACUUUGCGUAUUACCCUGGGCUCCCGAGUAUAGGAUACAUGCCUUCAGCUUUGGACAGUCUUUCCACCAGAAGAUCUCACCCCGAGACACAAACGCACUUUGAGCCGCAGAUUGACGAGCGAAGAUCGACCGCUCCUCUUCUUGGCCAACAACAUGUUACCGUGCCAGUGAGCGGUAACAUGUAUACAUACACCUUCCAGCCAGUGGUGAAGUCCCGCUACACUAUUGACAUUGGAAAGUUUGUUGAACGUACCUGCUUGAUGCGAGCACCAGGAUAUCGCCGUGAGGAUAUUGAUGUUGCUCUGCGGCGAGCAGUAGUAUCAGCGCAC